AGAAGAAGAUGCGCAUUGCAAAUCGGGCAGGGAUUCAGAUCGGUAGUCACCCUGGGUCCAGGUGGCGUCUCGUCGCUACGGUUCUCUCUCUCUGUGUUCCUGAGAAAGCGUGUGUGAGCUCCAGCUCUACUGAUCCAUCAUCUGUGUGUUUGGAUAAACCUCCGAAUGGACUGUGUGCUCUUUUUUCUGGAGCGUUUACCUCGGACUAUAGGAGCUAGCUUAGCAUGCUAGCUGGAAACACGUUGGCAACACUAGUCAGAUUGAGAGUUUGAUGGAGAGAGAAACGGUGUGUUUAACGGAGUUUGCAGGAACAGGUGAUCUAGGAAACAUGAGUAAAGUCCAAAUGCUGCUGUCGUUGAAGAAGCAGCGACUCACUGCUGAAGAGAUAUUUGCUCUGUUUGAAAAAACGAUAGCAGAGUACGAAGAGGAGCUGUCUCGUUUAAAAGAGGAGAACAAGAGACUCCAGAAGCUACUGGACGCUGUUUUACAGCCUCAGCUUCGGAUACACAGAGCAGACGUCCAGCAGCUGGUGGUGGUUAAAGAAGAGGUUCCCCCUGACCAGCAGGAGUGGAGCACCAGUCUGGACCAGGAGGACGCAGAGCCCUCUUGGAAGCAGGAACAGGAGGAACUCAGGAUCAGUCAGGAGGGAGAGCAGCUUCAGAAGCUGGAGGAGGCUGAUAUCACCAAGUCCACCUUCACUCCUGACCCUGUGAAAAGUGAAGAUGAUAAAGAGAAACCUCAGUCCUCACAGCCUCAUCAAAGACAAACUGAACACAUUGAAACAGAAGCUGAUGGAGAUGACUGUCGAGGACCAGAACCAGCCAGGAACUCAGAUCCAGAGAGCAGUUUACAACCAAAGACUGAGGACCACACUGGAGACUCUUCUGAACCUGACACUGGAGACUCUUCUGAAUCUGACACUGAAGACAGUGCUGAUUGGAAGGAGACCAGAGAACCUGCAUCAGGCUCAAACUCACUGAAAAAUAGACAUGAAUCUGUCAGUGAUCCACGACGUAGUGCUGAAAAGAAAACAUUCAGCUGCUCAGUCUGUAAGAAAUCUUUUUCACAGAGUGGACAUUUAAAAAAACACACAGGAGAGAAACCCUUUAGCUGCUCAGUUUGUACCAAAUAUUUUACAUUGAGUGGAACUUUAGAUAGACACAUGAGAAUCCACACAGGAGAGAAACCAUACAGCUGCUCAGUCUGUAAGAAAGCUUUUUCGCGGAGUGGAAGUUUAAAGGAACACAUGAGAAUCCACACAGGAGUAAAACCACACAGCUGCUCAGUCUGUAAGAAAGCUUUUUCACGGAGUGGAAGAUUAAAGGAACACAUGAGAAUCCACACAGGAGAGAAACCCUUUAGCUGCUCAGUUUGUACCAAAUAUUUUGCAUUGAGUGGAACUUUAAAAAAACACAUGAGAGUCCACACAGGAGAGAAACCAUACAGCUGCUCAGUCUGUAAGAAAGCUUUUUCACGGAGUGGAAUUUUAAAGGAACACAUGAGAAUCCACACAGGAGAGGAAAUAUACAGCUGCAAUGUUUGUGACAAAAGAUUUAAAUGGCGUAUGUGUUUCAAUAGACACAAAUGUGUUGGUUGUCAGAACUCAAAGCUUAAUGAAAUUCAAACUGAGGAUAAAAAAUCUGCCUGACUGGAUCAACGUUGUUGCACGGUAUUCAUAUAAGUAUUAUAAGUAUUCAUAUAUUUUUGGCUGCAGUCUUUGAUGGGAGGUAGUGUGUUUGUAUGUGUGCAUGUUCAAAGUUAUAGUGAGUUUUGUGGCUGGACAGGGAUGGGAGUGAUGGAGGCCACAGCUCUGGGAAAUAAGCUGUUCUUCAGUCUGUUGGUGCGUGAUUUUAUUGACCUGAACUGUCUGCCGGACGGCAGCGGUUCGAACAGUGAGCGGCCGGGCUGAGUGAUGUCUCUGAUGAUACUGCUGGCUUUCUUCUGCAGUCGACUUUUGUAGAUGUUGUCAAGGUUGGGCAGCUCAGUCCCAACGAUGCGCUGAGCAGCCUUCACCACCCGUUGCAGGUCCUUCCACUCUGCGGCUGCGCAGCUGGUGUACCACACAGUUAUGCAGCGGGUCAGGGUGCUUUCAAUAGUCGACCGAUAGAAGUUUACCAGCGGUUUUUGUGGAAGCCUGGCCUGUCUCAGUUUCCUCAUGAAAAACAGUCUCUGCUGUGCCUUUUUCACCAGGUUUGAGGUCCAAGUUAAAUGAUUGGAGAUGUUGACUCCAAGGAACCGUAGGUCCUCCACGCUCUCCACUGCUUCUCUGUGGAGGGGGACUUCCUUUUUUUGUCCUCCUGAAAUCAACAAUGAGCUCCUUAGUUUUGGUUUUAGUUACUCCCUAAGCCUGAUUUCACCAGCCUGCAACCGAUUCGUUAAUAAUCACAAAUGUUCAUUUCUUUGACCCCUUGACUCGACAACUUUCUUGUUUAAUAAUUGUUACAUCUCCUCAGGACCAAGUUCCCGUGUCCUGCCUUUCACCUGCUGAUAGCCCACUGCUCAUUUAAGGUGGACUGACCUUUACAAUGGACCAGCUAGUCUUAGUGUCUUAAUGCAAACGUUUUGUAAAGUGAUGCUAGACCAAAAACGUGCUGUUGGGUUGUGUGCUCUCUGCAGGACGGUGUCUGUACUCAAAGAUUGUUUAUGAAAUGAGAGUUUAACUCUGUUUUUGUUGUCCAAACGACGCCAAAAGAGCGAUACGUCUUCUUUCCAGCAGGUGGCACACAUGUUAAAUGUUCCAGUUCAACUGUCAUCCACAUAUUAAUGAUUCGAAACAGCAAUGUGUAAGAUAUGGCUAGUAAUUGACUAUUUCAACAGAAUGUGAAGAGGUUACAGUCUUGAGGCCAUGUCCAAUAUGUUCAUGUUUUGUUUGAUUAAAUCUACUGAAAUGAGCAUUCAAUGACUAAACUAUUCUUAAUUACUGUCAUUACAUCAUGGGUUUGCAUUGCAAUAUUAGAACACAUAAAACCCAACUUUAAUUCUUCUAAGUUGCGGGUGUUCAUUGUUUAGAAGUCCGCUGUGUUUCAUCCAAGCUUCCACUUCGUGCUCCGAUAAUGCUGAAAGUAUCUGUUGUAUGCUUUACCUGCUCCAGUAACACAAGUGUAAUUCACUGGACAGAGACGAGAUAGUGGAUGGAUCCAGAAAAGAACCAGAGGAUAGUCCGUAUAGAGCCUUCAGGUUCUGAAAAUGAUCGGGCACAGAGCUAGAAAGAAACUCCUAAAACCUGAAUAGAGCUAGAAGAUAGCCAGUACAAAGCCAAGAAAGACCCAGUAGAAAGACAGGAAGGAGCCAAAAGAGUUUGUAUUUUGUAUUUUUUAAUAUCCAAGCUCUUCUCUUAAGAUAUUAAAACUUCCUAUCUCAGCAUGCUGCCAAUUAUUGAGAUUGUUUCACAGCUUUUAUCUUUAAAUAUUUAGACUUUUUUUCUUUACAUAGACAUUAGGAUGAACAUCACGAUCCACUCUGCUGGAUUCUGCCCAAAUCGGCUCAAAAUGCAUGCAAACCUCUCGCUUUAUCCAUACUCCUGCAGGUGUAUUGUUCUGGAUUCAUAGUGAGGUUAGAUGUUCUGCACUGUUAUUGUUAUGUAUUUAAUAUAAAGUGAAAUACCCAUUAAAAAAAAGUCAGAAAAGAGAAA